UCAGUAUUUAGAAAUUAUUUAAUCAGCAUUAUGGAUCCCGGAAAAGAUCAAAAUAUGGAUGAUAUGUCACAAGCUGACAAAGAGCGGUUUGCAAGAGAAAAUCAUUCAGAAAUUGAAAGACGUAGGCGCAAUAAAAUGACCGCAUAUAUCACUGAACUAUCGGACAUGGUACCUAGUUGUAGUGCAUUGGCAAGAAAACCAGACAAACUGACUAUACUUCGCAUGGCAGUUUCUCAUAUGAAGCAGUUGAGGGUGGGAAUGGCUGGUGGUGGACUGGAUAGCGCAUACAAACCAGCAUUUUUAACCGACCAAGAAUUGAAGCAUCUGGUCCUUGAGUCUGCAGAUGGCUUUCUCUUUGUUGCAUCUUGCGAAACUGGCCAAGUAAUCUAUGUGUCUGAUACGGUUACAUCAGUUCUCAGUCAAGCUCAUUCUGAUUGGCUUGGCCACAGUUUGUAUGAUCUAAUUCAUCCACAGGAUGUUGCCAAAGUGCAAGAGCAAUUGAAUCUCAACGAUACACAGAAUACCGGCCGUAUGCUUGACUUGAAAACUGGUACUGUCAAAAAGGAGGGACAACAAAGUUCAGUACGAAUGUGCAACGGAUCUCGUCGUGCUUUCAUUUGUCGCAUGAGAUGUGGCAAAGUACAAGUUAAUACCAAUGGUCCAAGAUAUCAGCGUGCCAGAAAUACUCUCGGCCAUACUGGCGAUGGUGAAGAUAUGCAUACAGUUACGCAUGUUACUGGUUAUAUAAAACCUUGGCCUCCAUCUGGAUAUACUGGAGCCGAUGCACAGCCAGAUGUGUUGGAAGAUAUGGCUGGUCAGAACUCCAACGGCAAUACAGACUAUUGUCUGGUUGCAAUUGCAAGACUUCAGAUAACAAGUCACCCCACGUUCGGAGAUCUCAAUCCUACAAGCGAUGCAACUGAAUUUGUUUCCCGACACAAUUUUGACAAUGUAUAUACGUUUGUUGAUAUGCGAGUGACAAGCAUACUUGGAUAUCAACCACAAGACUUGCUCGGAAAGAGGCCUGUAGAUUUCUACCAUCCCGACGAUGCAGAACAAGCUCAAGAAAGUUUCAAACAGGUGAUGCUGUUACGUGGACAGGUAUUUUCAAUGGUAUAUAGAUUCAGGGCUCAAAAUGGUGAAUAUAUUUGGAUGCGCACCAGUACGUUUACUUUCCAAAAUCCUUACAACAAUGAAGUUGAGUAUAUUGUCUGUACGAAUUCGCUAAUGAAACAAAAUCAGUCGCAACAACAAAGCGCUCCAACUUCACUACAAGAGGACCAAGUUCAGGACCAAAAAGGAAUGCCAGGUGGAUAUGGACAUGUAAGGAGUGAUCAGCAAUAUGGAAACAAGCCUACCCAAUCUCCAGAUGUUCAAUCACCUACAACAACUCUCAAUUAUCCACCACAAAAUAUUGCAACUGCUUCAGCACAAAUUCCAAGUCAGUUUAGUCCCACGACUGUACCGAUAGCUCAGCCAGGUUGGAAUCCCGUAGGAGUCGGCGCAGCGGAUCCCGUCAGUUCUCAGUAUUCUCAAGCACUUUUGGAUCGAUACCAAGCGCCAGUUGCCCCUCAACAACAACAUGGGGGGAUGUAUACAAAUGCAUCAUAUCAAGCAUCACCCCCAAUUGGUGGGUAUGUUGCAGAUGGUCGGCCAACAGAAGCAUAUCCACAGUCCGAGACCAUGAUGUCUAUGCUGGAACAAGGACCAAAUGCUUAUAACCAAGAAGAAUUCACAGAGUUGAAUAUGUUCACACCUUUCUCGCAAUCGUAGACCUGAAUGGUGAAUCCAAUACAUUCUAUGUAAAAAUUGUAUAAAUAUUAAUAACCUAGUCAUGAUGAUGUGGUAAUUUUCA